AUGACAAUUCUAGGUAUAACUUUUUGUCUGUUUUUCUAUUUACUUCAAAGAACUUCUGGACAAAGUGGAUAUACACAGAAUGGAGAUUUUGAAGAUGCAGAACAGGAUGACUAUUCUUUCUCCUGCUACAGUCAGUUGGAAGUGAACUCACUAACUCACGAGCAUUCACUAACCUGUAUGUUUGAUGACCCAGAUAUCAACAGCACCAAUCUGGAAUUUGAAAUAUGUGGGGCCCUUUUGUACGUAAAAUGCUUGGAUUUUCAUAAACUUCAAGACACUUACUUCUUAGAGACAAAGAAUUUUUUGCUGAUUGGAGAUAGCAAAAUAUGUGUGAAGCUUAGAAGAAAGAAUGUAAUUUGCAGACAAGUAAGCAUCACCCACAUAGUGAAACCUGAAGCUCCAUUUGACACAAAAGUCACAUAUCGUGAGGAAGCAAAUGAUUUUGAAGUGACAUUUAAUACACCACACUGGAACAAGUCUUAUGUGAAAAACCUGAUACAUGAGGUAGCUUACCGCCAGGAAAAAAAGGAAAAUGAUUGGAAGUAUGUGAAUUUAACCCUUACAAAGCUGACACUGUUACAAAGAACACUCCAACCUGAUGCAGUGUAUGAAAUUAAAGUUCGUUCUCUCCCCUUCGACUAUUACAAAGGCUUCUGGAGUGAAUGGAGUCCAAGCUAUCACUUCAGAACUCCUGAAACUUACAGCCCAGGGGAGAUCAAUCCUGUUCUAGUAACUAUCAGCAUUCUAGGUUUUUUCUCUGUGGCUCUGAUGGUCAUCUUGGCUGGAGUAUUAUGGAAAAAAAGAAUUAAGCCUGUUUUAUGGCCUAGUCUCCCUGAUCAUAAGAAAACUCUAGAACAGCUGUGCAAGAAACCAAUAAAGAAUUUGAAUGUGAGUUUCAAUCCUGAAAGUUUCCUGGACUGUCAGAUUCAUAAGGUAGAUGGAAUUCAAGAUAGAAAUGAAGCAGAAGUGUUUCUACAAGACACAUUUUCAGUGCAAUUAGAAGAGUCUGAAAAACAGAGACUUGAAGAGGGAGCACAGGAUGGUAGCUGCCCAUCAGUGCAUACAAUCAUCACCCCGGAAACUGUCAAAGAAGAUUCAGCUCUCAGAUGUCCAUCUGGAAGUGUCCACAUAUGUGAUGCAUCUGUAGCCCCCGCCAAUUCGCCUGCAGACUGCAGAGAAGGUAUCAAGAGUGGGUCUCAUGUCUACCAGGACCUGCUUCUUCUCCCUGAAACUCCAAACAGCAUGCUGCCUCCUCCCUGUCCUUUCCAAACAGGAAUCCUGGUCAUGAACACUGAGGUCCAGAGACAACCCUUCCUUACUUGCUUGAGAUCAAGUCAAGAAGAAGCUUAUGUCACCAUGUCCAGCUUCUAUCAAAACCAGUAAAUUGUAAGAAAUUCAAGAUGGAAAGCAUUAUGACCAACAAAAUGAUGGAAUUCCUACUUUUCCUCACUGCACAGAAAAUACACAGUUAACACCACCAUCACUUCAAAUAACCUGAAACAUGGCUUUCACCUCUCCUGCAUCAAGGCUAUUAUAUAUGUAACAGGAACAUUCAGCUUCAGGUCACCAGAUUAUUCAAUUAUUUCUAAAAGAAAAAAAUCAAUGAAGAAAGCGUGAAGGGGAGUUUCGACAGGUGAUGAAUGAAGGAAGAGAGCAAGGAAAGAAAUUAAUGAAGCAAGAAAAGAAAGAAUAAAAGAUGAAAACAAUAGUAACCUUUAUCAGAAGUUACUCUAUCCAGUGCUGUGCUAAAGUGUUCUACAAAUCUUGUCUCUGCAGUUACAAAAAUUAUUCAGGGGGAGGGAAGUAAGAGGCAAUUAUCACCAUAGGCAUUAUUAUUAUUCUAUUUGUGAGAAUUUAGAAAAGUAGAGAGGGUUUAAGCAACUUCUCCCUGUAUCCUGCGGCUGAUGACAGAACCAGCCCCCCAACAUAUGAUUUUCUCACAAGUGCCACACCUCACUAAUAACAGGAUGACCGUAUAAUCUACUGUUUAAACAGGGACCCGUUUUAAAGUUAAAAAUGAAGUUAUAGUCACUUCAUAAACUGGAUAUGUGGUAACCCCAAUUGAAAAGAAAGGGGAGAUAGGGGAGAAGACAUGGUCACAUGAUGUACAACGUCACGUGACCAGUG